UCAAUCUAUCUGAAACUUGUGAAGAGUAUUGCAUUUCAGGUGUAUCAGUUUCUUGCAGAGCCAUUUGAUACCCAUGAAAUGCAGCUUUCUGCCCUAAGUGAGUCAGGUGACCAAACAGUGGGAUAGUCACACACUGAGAUCCCGUCUGCCUCCAGCGUGGAAGCACAGGACUCAAGAUGACGUUCAUCGCCAAGACCUUCUACGACCUGAAGGCCACCAAGCUGGAGGGAGACUCUGUGGAUUUCAAUGUGUUUAGGGGGCGAGUGGUCCUGAUAGAGAAUGUGGCCUCACUCUGAGGCACCACCACCCGGGACUUCAGUGAGCUCAACCAGCUUCAGAGCAAGUACCCCCAUCGGCUGGUGGUCCUGGGUUUUCCUUGUAACCAGUUUGGAUACCAGGAGAACUGCUCCAAUGGUGAGAUCCUGAAUUCGCUGCAGAAUGUGCGUCCAGGCAGCGGCUUUCAGCCCAACUUUACCAUCUUUGAGAAGUGUGAUGUCAACGGAACAAACACCCAUCCAGUCUUUGCCUAUCUUAAAGACAAGCUCCCCUAUCCCGAUGACGACCCCAAGUCUCUCAUGCAGGACCCCAAAUUUCUGGUUUGGAGUCCCAUCACCAGGACGGACAUCUCUUGGAACUUUGAGAAAUUCCUCAUCGGGCCAGAGGGAGAGCCCUUUAAAAGAUACAGCAAAAAAUUCCCCACCAUUGACAUCGAGCCUGACAUCCAAAGACUGUUAAGAUUAACCAAGACCUAAGAAUAGCCUCCACCUCUUUAUGACUUCUCAUCCAUCACAGUCAAAGCUGAUAUGCUGUCCUCCACACUUUUAAGCCUUAUUAAAUGAGGGUGAUAUUCUGAAAAGCUGAGGGAAUAUUAUCUGAGGCCUUAUAAGUGCUUAAGAGUAGUGGAGAUUCAAUAUAUGUUAAAGGAAUUUUACAGUGCAGUAACAAGUUAAAACAAAUGUGGGUACACUAAAAUAGCAGGGUAUUUCCUUUUGCAAGUCCUUUGUUUCUUGUCCUAUGCUAACCUGGCCAGCAGAUGGUGCUGCUGAUUUGAUCAUACAAACAGAUGACUUCUGUCAUGCUUUUAUGAAUUAACAUUCACCACACACACACUCACAAAAGGUUUGCACUGGAAUAAAACCCUAAAAACCAA